UUUAAAAAGUGACACUUGAUUCGACAAGGUGUAAUUGCAACAAUUAGAGUGGAUUUUAUAGCACUGGUGAAAAAGUAAAGUAAAAGAUAUCUAAAAAAUGCCCCGCAGUAUAUUUUCGUCGCGUUUCAACGCGGAACGGAUGCGAGACAACAAUUUGUGGGAUGAGGCCUUUCGCUCCGUGCCGAUUUUUCCAAAAAUCCUGAAAUUUUAUGAACCGAAAACUGGAAAUCAUCAUGGAAAUUCGGAAAAUAUAGCAAAUAACCAUUCUAAAAAGAAGAAUAGAGAGAAAAAGCUGCUGAGGUCAUGUGACUGGUAUGACAGCGAUCGAAUACCAAUAACUACUCGUUGGCAACUAGAAAAUAUUCUAGGGUGUGAGCUUCUCGAUCGCUAUGAAAAUUCAUCGAGUGAAAGUGAAUCGGAAAAUACACAAAAUUAUGAUGGUGAAACGGAUAGUGAAAAAUCAUUGCAGUAUGUCAUCGAGCAAGCAUUACAGAAUAAGAAAUCCAACAGAUCAUACUCACGUAAGAAGAAAGAAAUUAAUGAAUCGAAUAAUGGAAAUGGUGAACGAUUUGAGGCUAUUGUGGUGGAGGAAGUGUCCCUUGAUAGUAUAGAAGAACCAAAGAAAUACAUUCUGGAAUAUAGCACGAAAGAUGGAGUUCCAAAAAUUCUAGACGCUCAAGAAAAUGGAAAAAUUACUACAUUUGACCCUGACAAAAUUAUAGAGUAUUCGCCAUCUGAAGAUGCUUACAAUGAAAAAACCAAUUUUAACACUAAGAAAAGAGGCAACCGGGUACGCCUAGACAAAAUCUAUGAAUGUCAAUAUUGCCACAAGACAUUCGAUCGUCCUUGGGUUCUGCACGGACAUUUACGCCUACAUACCGGGGAGAAGCCAUUUGUAUGUCCUGUUUCGACUUGUGCCAAAAAGUUUGCUGAUCGGUCGAACUUGCGCGCUCAUCAGCGGACCAAAGGACAUCAUAACUGGAAGUAUCAAUGCUCGCAAUGUACUAAAGCAUUUAGUCAACAGAACUAUCUAAAUCGACACAACUUGCAGGCGUGUCGUAAAUUUUUAGCGCAUUCGAAGAAAUGAUAUGAA